AUGUACCGUCAAGACAUUUUGUGGAUCUUCUUUUUUACUAUGUGUGGAGUGACCCCAGUCAUUCUGGCUCAGAAUGUCUUCCAUUGCUUUAAUCUGCAAUACUCUGGCCCGAUAGAAGACGUGAUAAAGAUGAAACCAACUGGGCUGGUAGAGAAGACCUCCGACGCCGCCAACGCAGGCCGUCAAUUCGCCAUAGUCCUGGGUGCAAAUGUCCUUGGACAAAUACCAGUGGCGGGGGCUAUACUGGGCGCCACGUUCGAGGGAAUCGCAGAACUAUUUGGAGGAGGAGGUCUGGAUCCCGAGGACGUAUACAACAGUUUGACCGAGGAAAUAAACCAGCUAAAGGAGUACAUGGACCAGGAAAUUUCAGAAGCGAAAUUAGACUACAUCAAGAAAAUAUUUGGAACAAGUAAUGGAGGCAUUCUCAGCUAUUCGAUGCACUGCCAGAAAACAUAUAAGAAUGAGGCAGAGGACAUGGCACCUUGUUUGGAGAACUUGCACGGUAUGCUUAUCACACAGUACCACUUCUUCCUGCCGUCAGACAGCAAAGUCAGUUCCUACGAGUUUUCACUGCCAUUGUUUCGCAUGUAUGGACAACUGUUUGUGGACACACUUCUGGAACAGAUCGUGGCAGCAAGGACGAGAGGCAAGGAGAGUCAAGCGGCAGCUUUUGCAGACACCUUAAUCAACAAAGUGGAAGCAUUUAAGAAGCAUUACGAAGAGUCUGUAGAAAAAAUCGUUUUUCUUCAUUAUAAGCCCCACAUCAUGCCAGAGAAUAAUGGAAACUGUGCUACGAACACGGGUGUAAGCAUGUGUGUUUGCUCGAUAGCCAUUGGACCAAGCAAAUUCGAUGAAGCGGAGAUCGAAAAGGAGGGUGAAAGUAUCAAGAACUUCUGCAUUGGACUUUACUACAGUAGCGGCAAUCCCUGCGGACUUGCUAAGAAAAACUACAUCCAAAGAUACGCCAGGAAACACGUAGAGGCUGUUGUUACCUAUUGGAAGAAGCAACUUGGAGACAUAGUGGAUACCUGGGUAAAGACAGCCGAGGAGCUGAAACCACUAAAGGCAAAUUUAAAAAGAUGA